AUGGCCGGCACCGGCGCUCACCGGGCGAACGUCCUGGUCACGUCGUGUCUGAAGACGCCGGUGGACCCGCACACCAAGGCGCCGCUGGCCUCCUACGAGCGGGACAGAGCGCUGCCCUGCGCGGCCUCGGCCCACAUGGACAACCGGGACUACGAGAAGGAGCUGGAGUAUGAAGACUCGGGUUCAGAUUUCUGUGACGACGACUGUCUGGGGAAGGGCGGCCCCCACCUGGCCGCCAGCUACAGGUCGGCAGGGGACCGUUUGGACCUGAGCGAGAUCUUCUUCUCCAACGAGGAGUACUACAGCAAGCUGGAGGAGCUGAAGAAGGCCCACCUGCGCACCAUGGCCGAGCUGGAGAGCAUGUACCGGCAGAAGCUGCAGCUCAAGUCCCUGGAGCCUCUGGACGUGACGGCGCUGGACGCCGGGCGCCGGUUUCCGUGGGCGACCGCCAGCCCCGCCGCUUCUCGUCGGCUCAGGAAGUCCAGGUCUGCCGUGGAGCUGAGGUGGGGCUCCGCUCUGUCCGACUCCUCAGACGAAGACGAAGCCGCCAGCAGCUACGUGGAGAAAGGCCUUCUCUUCUCGCCCAAAGAGCACAUCAAGAACAUGUGGAGGGACUUCAAGGUGUCCCCCUGCAGGCACCGCCUGUCCUCGUCCUCGCUGCACAGCCUCCCCGGAGAAGCCCGGAGACACCGGAAGGGACGAGGGAAGACGAGGCGGGAGGACGGGGACGGCGAGCUGAGCCCCUGGAGGCGCCGGGUCACCGUCCCCAAGCCCUUCCAGAUGACGCUGCGGGAGGCCGAGAGGCGGAAACACGGCGUGAAGACGCGCUCGGAGGUGGAGCAGGAGAACGCCGAGCUGCGGCGGCAGCUGGAGGAGCUGGCGGAGUGCCACAGAAAGUUCCGUGCGAGCCCCGUGCCCGCGCACGUCCACCUGCCGCUGUACGAGGAGCUGCAGGAGCGCAACGAGGAGCGGCGGCGAACCCUGCGGGAGCGAGAGGAGCAGCACCUCCGAGCCGUGCAGAAGCCCUUCAGCUUCCUGGAGAGGGAGCGGCUGAAGAGGGAGCAGAAGCAGCUGCGCCGGGCGCCGUCCGACCACGACAAGGUCAAACCCUUCAAGGCCAAGCCGGUGCCCAGGUCCGUGUACGCGGCGGCCUCCGGCGAACGCAUGAAAGAGGAGCAGCUGUACCGAUCCAUCAAGAUCCAGAUGAGGGCCCAGGAGCUGCUCCACAGCGCCUCCAUGCCUCCCAGCAUGCUCGCGCGGCGACUCAGCGAUCGCAAGAAGACGAGAGACGGGGACGGCGCCGCCCCGGGGGACGACCGCCACUCGCACAGGCCGCAGAUCAACAGAGAGGUGCCGGACUUCGACGCCAGCUACCGGCGCUUCCAGAAGCACCUGGAGAAACGGAAGGAGGUGAAGCCCACCACGGCCUGCGAGCCCUUCGAGCUGAGGACCUCGCAGAUCCCGUCUCACCGAGAGCGCAUCCUGGCCGACAUGGAGAAGGAGCAGGGCAGCCCCCGCCCGCUGCGCUGGCCCUACAUCGGCUCCAGGCCGGCUCGCACGCCAAACUCCAGCCUGUGCUCCUCCCUGUCGGGGAGUCUGGAGCUCCUUCCUGCCAAAGAGACGGACGCCACCAAGAAACGUCACGAGGCUGUGAGAAAGGUGCUGCAGCAGAGGAGGAAGGCCGAGGAGGAGGAGGAGCGCUGGAGGGACAGGCAGAAGCAGAGGGAGAGGAAGCUGCAGAGGGUGGUCCUGAAGCGCGCCCAGGCCCACGACCCCCACCUGGCUCUGUCGCAGACCAACCACAGCAAGCUCAAGGAGUUCAGAAAACAAGACCUUCAGCGCAAGAAAGAAUACCAGCAGGAGAUCAAGGAGAUGCGUGAGCGAGUGAAGGGCAGGCCGCUGCUGCUGGAGCAGGUGGCUCAGAGGAACGCCAGGCAGGCUGCGGAGAAGCGCUUUAACAGAACGCUGCACAGGUGUGACGUGACCGAGGAGUUCAUCAGCAGCAGAGCCGCCGGGUCCGGACCGAAGGCCUCGCCGUCCGGCGACCGCAGGCAGAGUGACCAGGAGGAGUCGGACGCCGAGUACGUUUCCUACAGAAAGGUCUUCCUCGAUGAUGACGAUGACGAGGACCUGGGCGAUCUGGGACGGAGGGAGGAGGCGGGGAGCGACGGGGCCGGGUUAAACCCAGAGGACGGCGAGGAGGGGAGCGGCGGCCGCUCACACGAUGAUGACGAGAGCUACCACUACUCAGACGACCACGAGGAUUACUCCGACGACAGCGAGCACGAUGCCGACACCAAGCAAGAGGAAGCAGGAGAGUGA